CAUGGAGGAGACGGUCCGGUCGCUGCUGCAGAACCAGGACUCACUGGAGGGGCCCAAAGUGGACCCACUGGACCUGAUGAAAGCCUACAAGGACAAACUCCUGGAGGAGAUGUGGAAGCAGCAGGACAGUCUGGGGGGUCCCACAGCAGCAGAGGAGACCGCAGGUCCACCACAGGCCGGUGGGGGGUCCGAGGAAAACCAGCUGGACCCCAACCCCCUGCUGGAGCGCCUUCAAGCUCUGGAGGCGGAGAACUCUGCUCUGUCCGUGGAGAACGACAACCAGAGGAAGCAGUACGAGCGCUGCCUGGACGAGGUGGCCAACCAGGUGGUCCAGGCCCUCCUCACACAAAAGGACCUGAAGGAGGAGUGUGUGAAGCUGMGGACUCGUGUGUUCGACUUGGAGCAGCAGAACCGGAUCCUGAGCGUUCUGUUCCAACAGCGUGUCAAAACAUCUGCCCCUCCGUUCAACCAGGAGGUCCAGAGGAAUGGAAAAGCAGGUAUCCCUGCAGGACGAUGGCCCAGUUUGUUGAGCCUGACUUGUCCACGUAGCAGCGGGAGUGGCAGCGAGCUGUCACUGUCCAGYGCCGGCAGCGAGUACUCCAGCGGCUCACACACUUGGGCAGACGGACGAGGCGUCUCCAAGCAGUGCUCCGCUGGUCGGGACAAGAGGAUGAGCACGGGCUCGGUGUCCAGUAAUCAUUCCGUUGAACAAACAGACCUCGGCUGGAAGGAGGGUCAUAUCCUUAAGGGUUUGAAACGUCUUCAGACAAAAAAGUCCAAAGAGGCGUCCUUACAUGCUUCUGUUUCACACUGCAAAGACUGCAUGAUUUCCAAUGAGGGCAUUUAUUCUCUUGGCGUCAAGUCCAACCAACAAGGAGCUGCAGCCAAGAAGGUAGCCCCUUCCAAGUCCGACGCAGGAAUGGCUACCUUGGAUUCCGAUGAUCCAGAUGAUGAAAAAUCCAAAUCGGUCGACAGGGAGUCCAGCGGUGAACCAACCAGAGAUCAUCUUUGUUUGGACAAACUAGAUUUUUCUAAGGUUGACGAGAAAAACUUUCAGGCGGACUCGGUCAGCCUUUCAGCAGAUUCUGGUCUCUUCCCCUCGCCAGACUCGGACAGUUUUUUGUUCCUGGACUGCUCAGCACUCAAACUUGGUGUGAGCCCGACUGACAGCCUGACACGCCUCGAGAAAACCGACAAGAACUCCAUGGAGGACCACAAAUCACCAGCAAUAAAGUUCAGCGACCGGAACAACAACCAAGAGCGGUCCACCGACCGUAAGUCUAGACUCGACUAUACCAAAAAGGAACAAGAGGGAUUUCCUGUAAAACCAACCGAAGCAAAUGAAGUGACCUCAUCAGUUCAGCACUCUGCAACCAGAGCGCUGAGCUGCAUGAAUGAAGCAAGACAACGCAGCUCUUCCAUGGAGGUUCCUCAAUGCAAGGACCAGACCAAAGGAAGUAAGGAGCAGGUUGUCACCGAAUCUCCGCAGAGGAGACCAAAACCUCAGUUCUGUGAUUCUGCAAGGACGGCUUUCAUCCUGCGAAGCAAGAGUGCAGAUGGAGGGCAAGAACAACUCAAGCAUGUCCACUCUCCCCUGCAUCAAAAGCUCAUAAAGGGUCAAAGACCCAAAGUACAGUCAGAACCGAAUCCUUCAGGGCUCAACGUUCAAGGCAAGAGGUCUAACCUCAAUAAUGCCAAUGGUUCAAGUAAAAGCGCCUUAAAUAAAAAUGAACAAAAUGAAGACCUUACAGCAGCAACAAGUUCCAAGUCUCUUGAAAAUGUGCAACAGCUGACUCCUGUCGUGUCCCCGGUGAAGCAAUCAAAGAUCAUUAAGUCUCCGGGCCUUAAGAGUCCAACAAAAUCCUCACAAGUCUCGAGCAGUGAUUCUGUGGAGGAGAGCAUCUACAACAACCUGCCCUGCUCACCACAAAAGCAGCGGCGCCAAGACCACCAGGGUGAYGCAACCCAACCGGAACACAAGUCCCCAUCUCCACCGUGGCCCCCAGGUCGAAGUACUUCCCUCCUCCUUCGAAGCAGCUCAGAGAAUUCAGCCAAGGAUCAAAAACCAGCAGGUCAGACUCAAAGCUCCACCACCGGUAAACCAGGAUCAACCAAAACCGAGUCUAGCGUAAUGAGGGAUCAACAUCCAGCACAGCAAAAAGGAUCUGAACUGAUAAAAGAUGUCCCUGCAAAGAUUUACCACACCUCUGUCUCAAAUGUCCCAAUUCAAGAAUCUCAAUCUGCAGAGUUUACAGACAGAAAUAGGAUGAGCUGUGAGGAAAACRGAGCUCCAUUCAUAUUGUCAAGUCAGAGGAUCCUGCAAAGAUCCCAACAGAGCGUCAGUGAGCCAAAACUGUCUGAGGUCCUACCUGCUGGGUUCCCGAAUGUUUCCUACCAAGAGAUCUCUUAUAAUCACCAGAUGUCUAGCUCGAACAUCUUGAAAAGGACACUUCCUGUAAAUGCAAAAUCUCACGAGGUGAUAGCCGGACAGGACUCAAGCACCUUCGUCAUAUUUGGAAGACAAAACAAAGAUGACAUCAGAAACCUCCAGACCUUUCAGACAUUUUCAUGUGAUCCCCAGGCGAUCCAUGACAGAGCUCGCAGGAAGAUAGAGACCCGCUGCAGCUCCCUGGAUUCUGACCCCAUUCAGCCAGUUGCACUGGAUGAUGGCGGGAUGUUGGAUUGGGGGCUGGACGAGCAAGGGUGGCUGUUCAAGCGGUCUGUGUCUGUGUCUACCAGACCUCUUCUCAAACCAGUGAUGGGCAUGAACGGGGCUAAGGCUCGCAGUCAGAGCUUUGGUGCUCGUUACAUGGACAGGCCGAGCUUCAAUCGAUCUGGAAAAGUCCGCACUCAGAUCAAAACCCACUCGGGAAGCUCUCUGAAUUCUCUCGGCGAUGUUCUUCCAGGGAGCAUGAGUUGCUCCAGUAGCUACCACUGUCCAAUGAACCGAUCCCUUUUAAACAACUUCCUGAUCGAAGAAGGACUGACGGUUCCCUCGCAACUGGGGUCCUCGAGCGAAAGACUUCAGAGUCUCAAACUUCAACGYGAGCAGGCUAGGCGGCUUCAAAUUGAGCAGCAGUUCUCAAGCGCCUUCGGGGAGCCGGUCUCCGAAGAACCAGAGAGACAAAGCACCAUUACCACCAUUGAGGAGAAGGUCAUGCUUGGAAUCGAGGAGAACCUGCACAAGUCUCAAGAACAAGAGAGGACUAACGAAGUCAAGCAAAAAUCCAGCUCGGGUCUGGCAAGUUGGUUUGGUUUUCGUAAGAGUAAGCUUCCUGCCAUGAGCAGCAGAAAGGCAGAUCCGCCAAAGGUCAAAGAGGAAAAGCGAGAGCAAAAGAUUACGUCUCUUCUGGGAGGGAAGAACACGAAGUCGGACAAAAAGAAGGAGAGAAGGAAAAGUGAUGGAAAAGACUGCUCGGCGGGAAGAAGAGAGUCUCACGAUGCGGUACGAGCUUGCAUCUCGAUGCCCUGCCCAGGAAUGUCUCUGAGCGAGAUACAAGGACACRCUAACAUCAUGGGAGACCAGCAGAUGCAGAUGAUGAACCGAAGACCCGAUGGUGAAAAUGGAUCCACAGCAAAGAGCCCUGCUCAGGACGCAGUGAUAGGCCUCGGCUGCACGAUGCGAACGUUGGACAGUGGAAUUGGGACCAUCCCUCUCCCAGAAUCCUGUUCCUUCUUCUCCUCCAUCCUGCACCUCCUCCCCAAGUCCUCCUCGACCCCAGAGCAGUCCCUCAGGCCCCGCAGCAUCCCCGGUUCCUCCGGCGGAGAUGCGUCUCCUUCCCCCUUACCUCGAUGGAGAGUCCCCUCCUCCGGCAGUCACGGCGGGGUGCUGAGCUCCCUGUCGGACUCCGCCGUGACCCACAUCCCAUCUGUGCCUUUCCCCACCGUGGCCUUCCUCCAGCCCCUCCAACCCUCCUCUGAACCGGCCAUGAGCUCUGCCGGUGCACGUGACACCCACAGCAGGGUGCACAGAACCCCGAAAGAAGAAAUGGAACCAAAGAAGUUGACCCACAUGAAAUCCAAACCCAGAACCACAGCGGGUCAACAGCAGGAACAGACCAGGCUUCAACUGGCAAACUAACCAGAAGCCGACCGGGUCGAGCCGAGGAGGCGGAUCGCAGCGAUCGGUCGGGAUUAUCCAGCUGUAAAAUAAAAUCCAACACUGUGAGGUCUGCGGAGCUGCAGGACCCGAGCUCUGCGUCGACAAACUGUACUUCCCUGCACCUGGACGAAAGCUCUAAAUGUUCAGAACCCGGUUCUGCUGCAGUUCUGCAGAACGUGCAUGUGGCUGCGCMGCUGCAGCACCRUCAGACCCGCCUGUAAUCCCAAACAGGAAGUAAUCCCAAACAGGAAGUAAAACCUUCAGCUGAGGGUUUGAGCUGCUGCAGCUUGAUCCGAGCUGCAAACAGAACCAGAGUUUACUGAUUAAACGGAUCGUUUCUCCUCAUGUGAACGGGUUUCAGUAGCAACAUGAGAGAGAAAAAAUACCUGUACAUAAUACCUGUCACUUUGAGAAACACAUUUAUAUUUAUUUUAAAUCGGUCAAUUAAAAACACCAAAUAAAUAUUUGUUUGUCAAUUAGCAUCAAUAAUCAAACAUUGUUGGUGCAAAACCAUCUGACUUUAAAGGUUAUGUAAUAAUAAAUGUACAACCUUUAUUUUGAAAAGCUAAACAGAACUGGAUAGACUGCAAAUGUCAUAAACUCAUUUAAAUUCCAGCUGAACGUAGUGUUCACAUCAAAUGUUAAAACUAAUUAAUUGUAUCAUUUUAAGUUUAAAAAUAAAACCUUUAAUGUUGGCAACACAUAUCUUUAAA